AUGGAUUUGGAAGUUAAAGGAGUUGCUGCAUCCCCUCGAAGAAAGGCUGAGUUGUCAAUGAAGGGGAAGAAAUAUCAGGGUUGGAGAUCAAAUAGACAGGCUACACACAGUCCUUGCCCACCAGAGGUGCCAUGCCUAGAUCUAGGGAGGCUGGGAGAUUCUGAUGAAGAGGAUGGGGACUCUUGCAUACAGUACACUGGAAGUUCUUCUCAUAGGUGCCAGCUAGAUUCAUCUUCAGAGUGGAGAACGUCAUUACAGACUCCAUAUGCACAGCAUCGACAUGUCAGUCAACAUUCUGUUUGGGAGCAGAAGACAAGACCAGAAAACCUGCCAUCCGUCAGAGACAGAUCCAAGUUGAAGCACGGUCAGUAUGAAGCAGGUACAAAGGAAGAAUAUAAGCAGCAUCCUCAGAGAAUUGCAGAAAACAAAAAAGACCACCUCCAGUGUCCAGACACUUCCAUAAAGGGUACACAGCUUGAAGAUGGACAAGAUUUUGUAACCCUUGAUAAGAAAGCUCUCCUGCACCAAUGCUAUACAAACAAACCUUGUAAAAUGCAGCACAACAUAAGGAAAACAGAAGCUGAGGAUGUUGCUGCAGAGAGGAGAAAACAGGCUGUUGUAGAACAAGUUAUGGUGGAUCAAUUAUAUAGAAUAAGGACCAAAUCAGGACUAACUGAGAACAUGCUCUCCAACAAGCUACGCUUUGACAGUAGGAUUAUAUCGAGGACAAAUGCCUUGCCUUUCAUUCAGAAGGGAGUUUAUCAUCAUCAGCGUGGACAAAGAAAGGCAAAAGCUUAUGAUCUUAGUGACUUCUACGUUGGAGCCAAUCUGACUUUAUGAAGCGUCGAUCAUAACCUUCCAGAAAGCGUUAAGCAGAACCCUUUCUUCACCCUUCGUGUGAUAAGUAUUGAUGAAGCAGCAAUGGAUUAUCUAAAAGUUUCCUCUGUGGAACUAAAGGAAGAGUGCUCCAGGCAAGUGGUUGAUGACAGCAAAGUUUUCAAGAAGAUCCAAGGUAUAUUCAGAGAAACACUAAGUAAAAGAGGAGUUUGGGUUAUAACAGGCUUAGGAAAGUAUUUCUGACAAAUAGACAAGAACAGAAAUGGUUUUCUCUCUCAGGCAGCCUUGAAAGAAGCUCUAAAAUUAUUCCAUUUGGAAAUGCCUGAAGAGGACUUUGAAACCUUAUGGCUUAUUCUUGAUGAUAGCAAGAAUGAUAAGGUCGACUGUGGAGAAUUUACCCAUGCCAUAUUUGGAGAAAUGAAUGAAUAUAGGAAAACAUGUGUAAGAAAAGCUUAUAUGAAACUAGAUUUCAACAAAACUGGUAGUGUGCCUAUGGUAGAUGUCAGAAAAUGUUACUGUGCAAAGAAACAUCCUGUAGUAUUGGCAGGCAAAACUGCAGAAGAAGAAAUUAAAUCAUCAUUUCUAGAAGCAUUAGGAGAGUCCUGCAGCAACUCCAAUGAAGUGUCCUAUUCUGAGUUUGAAGAUUACUAUGAAGGAUUAAUUGGAAUUGUGGGUGAUGAUGAUUUUGUUAAUAUCUUAAGGAAUUCAUGGGGAAUUUAGAGUGGAAGAUGACAAAAAAGAAGAAGGGACACUUUCUAAACAAGGAGUGACUAAGUAAGAGAGGAUUUAAUCUUGAUGGGCAUUACUUUAUAAUUAGUGUCUUAAACUGAUUUCAGGGACCGAAAACUUCAGAUGCUUUCAGAAUAAUAAAUGGCAAAUUUCAUGGAGUGUCUGUUGAGUUAUGCUAGCCAUUCCUAUAUAAAGAUGCUGUUCAUGUCUUUUCACUGGAAAUUAUUAAGGCUGUUUCCCAUACAAAAAGCAAUAUUUUUAAAAUAUUAAAAUAUACUCUCCUAUUUUAAAAUAAGAGGGAAUUAGAAUACUAAAAUGCCUGAAGGGGUAUGUGCAAGAGAAAAUUUUGUUUUAUGAUGCAUUGUGAAAAGCUUCAGAUUUGGCUGCGUAAAUGUGAAUGGUAGCUUUCCUUCAGAAAUUUUCUUUUAACGUUCUUUGUCUUGCUUAUUUUUUCUUAUGCUGGUACUUGGCUUGAAAGAAAGCAGGUCAUCCUUUUCCAAUUUUGAGGAUGUCUGCUGUACUGAAAGUGCAGAGAUGUUCACAGCAUUUAGCCCCUUGGCCUGUGCACCCUCUUGACUGAUCUUGCUUUGUCAUUUUGAUCCGUCAUUCAAAACUGAGCACUGGGUCUCAAAGGUUUU